AUGCAGAUACAUAUAGCAAAAUGCCGCAAAAAUCAUUCCAUGGCAGAAAUGCAGAUCUGCCCAUUUAAUGCUACUCAUGUUGUUCCUGUGCCUUAUUACCAGUAUCAUCUGAAGACUUGUCCCAGCAAGAAAGUAAUUGAGCAGCAAUUUUAUCGUCUUACGGAUGAGGCACACUCGGGUGAAAUAAAAGCAGCUCCAUUUGAUGUGCCAGAAAUUGACUGUGAAGAGAACUGGGACACACAAGUUGGUGCAGGAUAUGAUCCUAGUCUGAAGGCAGGACCAGCUCCAAAUUUUGUAGCAAAGCAGGGAGCAACAAAAUCUGAGGAAUUAGCUCAACAUAGUGAUUCAAGACCAUCAUCUUCAGCAAGUACAAAAACACCCACUGAAUGCUGUUCACGUGCUUCAGUUGCAAGUGACAGUACAAUCCGUCCACGUGAACCAAAAACUCGUUCUCUGGCACUCCAGGGAGUUGUUUCGAACCGGUCAAGAGACAUCUCAACCUCAUCUGCUCAGCAAGAUAUAUCAGAUGAACUAGUGGCCUCAAUGAGGAGACUUUCAUUGGGUCGACCACUUGGUCGUGGUAGUGCACGGAUAAAAAGGACUGCGUAA